AACCAGUUUGUGUACAGAGAUGGUGGCUACGCUGCAGAAGUGCCGAUGCCGUACAGAGCCCCGGGCUGUGUGAUACCAGAAGCCCCGGUCGCUCAAGGGGCCACGGCAGAGAUCUUUGAGGAUCCUUGCUGUAAUGGCACGCUUCGAAAACAAGUGGCCACCCUGGCAAAAGAGGACAGCAGCACCCAGAGGUACAGCGCUGACCCCACGGUCUUCGUUCCCGAGCGGGUCGCCCGGGGAGAGCUGGAUGAGGACGGGUACAUGACGCCGAUGCGAGACAAAGCUAAAACAGAUUACCUAAACCCGGUGGAAGAGAACCCAUUUGUUUCUCGACGAAAGAAUGGAGAUCUCCAAGCUGUGGACAACCCAGAAUACCACAACGCUCCGAACGGGCAGCCCAAAGCAGAGGACGAGUACGUGAAUGAGCCGUUGUACCUCAACACUUUUGCCAACACCUUGGAAAAUGCUGAGUACCUGAAGAACAAUUUGCCAGAGAAAGCCAAGAAGGCCUUUGACAACCCAGACUACUGGAACCACAGCCUGCCCCCACGAAGCACCCUCCAGCACCCAGACUACCUGCAAGAGUACAGCACAAAAUACUUUUACAAACAGAACGGACGGAUCCGGCCCAUUGUGGCAGAGAAUCCUGAAUACCUCUCCGAGUUCUCCCUGAAGCCUGGCACUGUGCUGCCCCCGCCACCCUACAGACACCGAAACACAGUGGUGUAGGGACCGCGGUCUCACCCAAGUGGAAAGGCAACCCCUUCUAACUGCCUCACUCUUCCUCUCUCGCUCACCUCUUCUCCCUCCAUCCUUCCCUCCCAUGAGCUUCCUCUUCUUGCCAGUUCACUCAUUUUUGAUAUUUCUAAGUGAAAGGGUGUCUUGGAGAUUUUUGCAGAUUGGUUUGGGAUCCUGGAAGGAAGAAAGGAAGGAAGGAUAGGAGAGAGACUGAAGGAAGGUGUGUACCACCUGGCAUUUCUCACUUUCCACAGAUCCAGAGGGUCGGAGGGUCAGAGAGGCCGGAGUUCCGGUGAAGGCCAGUGGCAGUGUUGCCUGCUGUCGAGCUAGUUCUCAGUGGU